AUGUCGGAAAUUUACUAUGUCGAAGAGAAGACCACUUCUGAGCCAGGGGUCGAUGAGAACCCGAUAUUAACUCAUUGGCUUCUUAAAGAUGAUAUUCGUGUGUGUAAGCAUUGUAGGAGAACUUUUGAGGCAUCCAGAUUCAGUGAAUAUGCGGCAAAGCAACACCUGGCACGCUACCACACACAAGUCGAUGAAACGAUGUCGUUUACACAGUAUAUCCAGGAAUUCUCGCCGACAUAUGAAUGGGGGGUCCAUAAAUGCAGGUUGCACAAUGAAAGAUCCUUUAGUAUAGAAUUCUUCAAAUAUAUUAUGGCGCCAUCGAAAUGGGAGAACGAAUUGCUAUAUUACGAUGAGCAUGCUGUGAUCAUCAAGGAUAAGUUCCCUAAAGCACAACAGCACGUACUUGUAAUCCCCAGAGCCAUUAAGACAACAUUAAAGCACCCCACCCAGCUCUCUAUAACAGAUAAGGAUAAAUACCAGAAGCACAUCGACUGGGCGCUCAACUAUAUAUGGCACGAUUUCACUUCCAAGUAUAAAUUGAAGCCAGGAAGUAGUUCUCCGUUUUCAUCCCACGAGGAAUUUAACAGUUUAGCACAUUUCAUUGCGAACUUCACCCAGGUAGGCGUGCACAGUGUUCCCUCGAUGGAAAAUCUUCACAUUCACGUCAUGACCACGGACUUUUACUCUAAAUCAAUGAAGCAUAAGAAACACUUUAACUCCUUUAACACUGAGUUCUUUGUGAGGUGGGACAGGCUACCGCUUGCCGAGGUUCCCAACACUGAUGCCAUGGAAAGGCGAAUCAGAGAGUCUGAAUUGACUUGCACAUACUGUAAGCAGGGCUUUUCUAAUAGGUUUGCAGCGCUGUCGCGACAUCUAGGUGAGGAAUUCCAUUGCAGAUUCGUCCCGGUUAAGUAG